AUGGCGGCGCCGGCCGGAGCGGGGCAGCUGCAGCUGCUGGCGGCCAUCGGCUACAACGGACAUGUGCCUUGUGGCCUCAUCUGCCACCCUGAUAAGGAGCAUGUGCUCUAUCCCCUGGGCUGCACUGUGGUCAUUCAAGAGCUGGGCAGCAAGAAGCAGAACUUCCUGCAUGGCCACACCAAUAACGUCUCCUGCGUCGUCGUGUCCAGGAGCGGGGCCUACGUUGCUUCUGGACAAGACACUUUCUUUGGCUUCAAGGCAGACAUCAUCCUGUGGGAUUUCCCGAGGCAGGAGCUGCUUUCUCGGCUCUCCCUUCACAAGGGCACGGUGCAGGGAUUGGCCUUUUCUCCAAACAGCCUCUACCUCGUGUCGCUGGGAGGCCCAGACGAUGGCAGCGUGGUGGUGUGGAGCGUUGAGAAGCGUGAGGCCAUCUGCGGGAGCCCAGCCUCAGCUCGCCGCUCCGGCCGCGCCGUCGUCCUGGUCUGCUCCAGCUCCAGGGAUGAGAUGUUUGUCACUGCUGGAGAUGACACCAUUCGAGAGUGGGAGCUGGAUGUAGCCAACAGGAAAAUCCACCCAACUGAGUGCCAGACAGGGCAAGUGAAAAGGGUCAUCACAUGUCUUAAGAUGGCAGAUGAUGACAAUUAUUUUUAUGCUGGCACAUCGAGCGGGGAUGUUCUGAAAGUGAACACAAGGAACAAGCUGAUGACUAACUACGGGCCCCUGAAGGAGAAGUUUGCCUCGGGAGUCACAGCUUUGCUCUUGCUGAGGACAGGAGAUUUAGUAGUCGGCACCGGAGGAGGGAUUGUAGCUCUCUGCAAAGGCUCAAACUACAAAGUGCUGAAGAAAAUCCAGGUUCCAGGUGCUGUGACCUCGCUGGCAUGCAGGGGUGAGGGUGCCCAGCUCUUUGCAGGCACAAAUGAUUGCCAGAUCUACAGCAUCGACUGCGCUGCCUUCAGGGAGGAGCUGGUCGCUGCCUGCCACAACGACGCCGUCCACGACGUCGUCUUUCCUCCGGGAACUUCUGACCUGUUUGCUACCUGCUCCAAACAUGGUAUCCGGGUGUGGCACACCCCAGAGCACAGGGAGCUGCUGCGGAUCGCCGUCCCCAACUUGACCUGCUAUGCCAUCGACUUCAUGAGGGAUGGCAGGAGCAUCAUCUCAGCCUGGGAUGACGGGAGGAUCCGUGCCUUCCUGCCCGAGUCGGGCCGGCUGCUCUACCAGAUCGACCAUGCGCAUAGCCUGGGGGUGACAGCCAUCGCCGCCACCCGCGACGGCCGGCGCCUCCUCAGCGGAGGAGGGGAAGGGCAGGUGAGGCUCUGGGAGAUUGGUGAGAGGACUCAGAAGCUGGGGGAGAUCCUCAAGGAGCACGUGUCUGCUGUGUCCUGCAUCAAGAUUAAGAAGAAUGACCUGGAGUGUGUCACAGCCAGCCUUGAUGGAACCUGCAUCAUCUGGGACCUUGUGCGUUUUGUAAGGAGGCAAAUGAUUCUGGCCAACACCUGCUUCAAAUGUGUGUGUUACCACCCUGAGGAGUACCAGAUAAUCACUGGUGGAACUGACAGACAGAUUGGCUACUGGGAAGUGUUUGAUGGCUCUGCAAUCAGAGAGGUGGAAGGGUCUGCAUCGGGUUCCAUCAAUGGGUUGGACAUCACAGCUGAUGGGGCUUACUUUGUCACAGGAGGCGACGACCGCCUGGUGAAAGUGUGGGGCUACAGCGAGGGGGCCGCGACCCACGUCGGGGUGGGCCACAGCGGCAACAUCACCCGGCUGAAGAUCUGCCCUGGCAACAAGUACAUUGUGAGUGUGAGUGCAGAUGGUGCCAUCCUGCUCUGGAAGUACCCAGCCCUGCAGUGA